CAAAUAUAUUUUUAAAAUUAGGAGAAAUUCUUCCUCCUAAAUUAGAAUAUUUAAGUUUAAGUCUCAUGAUUAAUGCAAGAGAUUUUAAUACUUUUUUAUUCAAAACUCGAAAUAUUAUUAUUAAAAAAUUAUUAAUCGAAAAUUUGAUGAAAGAAGGUGAUUUAAUACCUUAUAUAAAGGAACAUGUUAUGAAAGAGAAAAGAGUAAAAUAUUUGGCUAUUGAUGAAAGUGUUACCGAAAAUGAUAUAAAGGAAUUUGAAUCUUAUAAUAUUAAAUUUGUGAAUUUUGAUGAUUUUUAUAUUCGAGCUUAUGAAUUUGUAAACGAAAUGUAUUAGUUUUUAUCAAUAGUUUAUUACAAGUUGUAAAAUGUGAUUUAUUUUUAUAA